UCACCAGUAUCACCAUCAGUUCACAGAAGGAUUGAGAUCAGAGCACUGCAUCUGGUCCUAUUUGGUCUUCUGAGAUAGCUUACUGAAACCUUCAAAAAGCUACCUUCUAAAGCUACCUUCACACGCACUCUUGAGGAUGAGGUGGCUGGUUGUGACCCUUCUCUACUGCACCUGUUCAUGGACUGCUCAGGGCCUGAUCAGAGUUCCACUGCAGCGCAUGGCGACGGUGCGUACCCAGCUCAGAGCUAGUCAGCUUCUGGAGGCCUUCAUGAGGGACCACCAGCCCGACACCUUCUCCAGGAAAUACUUCCAGUGCUACCCCCCUGGUACCCCCUCCCUGCGUCUCAGCCGGAGCAGCUUGAAGCUCUACAACUUCAUGGACGCCCAGUUCUAUGGGGUGAUCAGCCUGGGUACCCCGGAGCAGAACUUCACGGUGGUGUUUGACACAGGCUCAGCUGACCUGUGGGUUCCUUCCUCCUACUGUGUGAGCGAGGCCUGUGGUGUGCACAACAAGUUCAAGGCGUUUGAGUCUAGCACCUUCAACCACGACGGCCGGACGUUUGGCAUCCACUAUGGCACUGGCCACCUGUUGGGCAUCAUGGCCAAGGAAACCCUCAAGAUAUCGAAUGUGACAGUGGUGAACCAGGAGUUUGGGGAGUCUGUGUUUGAGCCUGGAUUCAUGUUUGUCAUGGCCAAAUUCGACGGCGUGUUGGGGCUGGGGUACCCGUCCCUGGCAUCUGAGUUGGGAAACCCUGUGUUUGACACCAUCAUGGCUCAGAAGUUAGUGGAGCUGCCUGUCUUCUCCUUCUACCUCAGCAGGAGCAAAAGUACCACCGAGCCAGAGGGGGAGCUGUUGCUAGGUGGGAUAGAUGAGACGCUGUUCAUUGGCCAAAUUCAAUGGGUCCCUGUGACUGUGAAGGGGUACUGGCAGGUCCAGAUAGACAAUAUUAAAGUCCAGGGCACCACGACUCACUGUGCUCAGGGCUGCCAGGCCAUCAUAGACACAGGCACCUCCCUCAUCACUGGCCCGUCCCAUGAAAUCCUCUCCCUACAACAGCUGAUUGGAGCCACACCCACCUCCAUUGGUGAAUACCUCGUGGACUGCUCCAGAGUGUCCAGUCUUCCCCAGGUCUCUUUCACCAUCGCUGGGGUGGAGUUCACCCUGUCAGCUGACUCCUACAUCCGGAGGGACAUGCUGGGUGACAGAGAGAUCUGUUUCAGUGGGUUCCAAGCAGUAGACCUACCCUCGGACACGACCUCACUGUGGAUUCUUGGAGAUCUGUUUCUGAUGGAGUACUACAGCAUCUUUGACCGCGGUCAGGACCGGAUCGGGCUGGCUAAAGCCCGUCAAAAAUAAGAACAAUAUAAUUGGCUGUUGGAUACAUUCUGUUGGAGUCAAUAAAGGCUUAUUGGUCGGAGGAAACGGUUUCACACAUAAAUAAGCACACACAUGCACACAUUGUUAAGGGGUUUAACAGGGCCAUUUAUUCAACAAGCUC